UGUUACUGUACCGUGUAUUGACCUUGCUUCCCAAGUAACGAAAGCUAACGAAGGUAAGAUUGUUUGACUUUAGCCAGCAUUUUCCAUCCUUCGUUUCUACCUAAAUCUAUGAACAUCAUCUAUUUUGUUCGUAAUUUCGUUAGGGAGCACGCAAGAUGAAAAUUGUGUGCUCUAAGUAAUUGCCUUGAUCUAGAACUCGCGAGCUUUCGGCGAUUAGACUAAGGCCAAAAUAAUUAUAUCCAACAGAUCUUCUCAACAAUAGCAGAGGUAGCGCUAGCGAAAGCUCGCACAAUGAGCCCCCGUAAAUGUGUGAAUAUGUUUAUGUUGUGCAAUGGGUGAGAUGUUAGGUUUCUGUGAGAAUGGACGGUCGCACUCUCAACCCAAUAAUCUGUGUUUGUUUUGGACUAGAACAAAACUAUCUUCAGUAAAAGUUUGUCCCUUCGCAUGAGUUUUUCGGCUGAUUCAUGGCCAUUUAGCCGUUUUUAGUUUUCUUGCUUUGCCCUGUUGGCAAGCGAUUGUUAUUGUAUUGAUUUGCGAGGUUUAUAAACAUAUAUGCUGAUACAAAGUUCAUUCAAGAUGAAGUAAAAUAUAACCUUUGUCACGCACUACGACGCAUGGAAUAAAAAUGUUAAAAAAUACAUUUCACUUUUAUGGUUGUUAGCCAAAUGCUCCCAGUAUCUUCAAAAACACGAUUUUAAAUGUCUUUUAUGGUGAAUUUAGUCGAAAUGAUCUCAUAAUGCGACCAUGCAACUGUAAUUCUAGUAUGGUAAUGGCUCCUCAUGCGUGACUAAGGAUGAUACAACGAAAUCAUUCCUCCGACAUGUUGUUUGAAUGUGACUUUCAUUGUGACUGUAACGCAACACUUAAUAGUUAGUAGUUGUCUGCUCGUUUUCAAAAGGUGACUACUCCGACGAAAAAAGAUCAGCUUUAAAAUGUUCAAACUUGUAAUGACAAAACGUAAUUUUUCGACGUUGAACCUACCCUGCUCUUUUUCUUUUUUCUUUAGGAAGUUUAGAAGCUCUACGGCGUAUAAGUGAAACUCGUAUUCUAUUUCGCCCUUAAUGGCGGCCAACAAAUCUGCCAAAGAAAUUCUGGCCUCUUUGAGAAAUGAGCCAUUCUCUGUGGAGACUGAAGAAAGGCUAGGAAGCCAUGCUGUCGUCCAGGAAGCAAGCGCUGGAACACUCCCUCUGGCAGUUGUGGAACGACUUCUCUGCGAACAGUAUCACAUAAUAGCCUCUGACACUCGAAGUAUGGAGCACCUAGUGGCCAGGUUCAACGCCAAUGAGAUCAUUCGAGAGUAUUUCCAGUUCUUUUUGACAGGCGAGAAGAUAGCUUUUGACAAGCUUCUCAGCAUGGCAAAAGCUAUGAAGCUUUCAGAUUCACAUCUGGAAGGUUAUGAGCCUCGGGCCGAAGCCCAAGCUUAUCCGUCGUAUUUGUGUCGUCUAGUCCAUUAUGGCGAAGCUCCGCAGAUUGCAGCAGCCAUUGCGGUUAAUUUCCCAGCGUUUGGACGAAUGUGUUCGCGUCUCGCAGAUGCACUGAAAAAGAACUACCACAUGAAAGAAGAAGACCUGGAGUUCCUUCGAUUCUUUGGUAGUGGGGAUUUAGACGACGGAGCUAUAAGGGCUAUUGAGGCUUAUAACGCAGAGGCCGAUAAAGGCACGUUCAAGAAAGUUCAUUACAGUGAUAUUAAACGUGCAGUUCGUCUACUGCAAGCGUAUGAAGUGAUGUUUUGGGACAGCGUUUUCUCCAAUCGUUAGAUCUCGUGAUGUAGGCUUUACUGAAUGCUGGUGAAACUGUCUUGAUUGCUUUCGCGUAGUAAGAGACAGUAGAAUAUAUACGUGCAUGAAAUGGGUGCAAGUUUGGCGUUUGUAAUAUUACUACAACUUACAGCAAUUGCUAUAGAAAACAAAACAAACAAACAAAAAAUAUAUAUAUAUAUAAAUGUAUAUAUUAAUGGCGAGGAAACCCAAUAAAAACCAUUAAUGC